AUGUCGGCCGUCGCAGAACUCGAAGCGAAGGGCAUCGAGCUCGAGGCGAAGGGAACGCCUGAAGAGACUGCCGUCGUUAUCGACGAGAAGCGAGAGCGUGCGUUGAUCGCGAAGAUUGACCGGCAUAUCGUCCCGUUCCUGGUUGGAUUGUACUUGUUCAGCUUCCUGGAUCGAGUCAAUAUUGGAAAUGCACGGUUGUAUUCACUAGAGGAGGACUUGGGCUUGACCGGCAACCAAUAUCAAAUUGCGGUCUCGAUCCUAUUCAUCCCAUAUUGCUUACUCGAGGUCCCGUCGAACCUGUUCAUCCGUAGAUUCACUGCAUCGCGCUAUAUUGCGAUAAUAACGACAAUAUGGGGUCUUGUGGCCACUCUGACCGGCCUCACGCAGAACUUUGCUGGCCUGGUCGUCUGUCGGUUUAUAUUGGGUGCGGUUGAAGCUGGACUCUUCCCCGGUUUGAUUGCCUACAUGACGCUGUUCUACGGGAAAAGGGAGAUUGCCCUUCGAGUAGGAUACUUGUUUAGUGCUGCAGCCAUGGCUGGUGCAUGUGGUGGCCUCCUGGCAUACGCCAUUGGCUUUCUGGACGGGACUUCUGGUCUAAAGGGAUGGAGAUGGAUCAUGAUCCUCGAAGGUAUUCCAUCAUUCUUGAUUGGAAUCGCCACAUGGUUCGGCCUUGCAGACGACCCGGAUACGGCGUAUUACCUCAAUGCGGAGGAGAAGGAGCUUGUGAGGGCGCGACGGAGACGAGAGAUCGGCCAGACUGACUCUGCACAGCUGUUCCAUGUCGCAGACGCCAAAGAGGGUGCAAAAGACUGGACCAUUUAUCUGUUCUGUCUCGGCCAGUUUGGUACCGAUGCAGUUCUGUAUGGCUACAGCACUUUCUUGCCGACCAUCAUCAAGGAAUUCGGACACUGGACGGGUCCCCAGGUACAAGCAUUGACGAUCCCGUGCUAUGCCCUAGGCGCAAUUACAUAUCUCGUUGUCGCCUGGUUUAGCGAUCGAUGGCAACGCCGAGCCAUUUUCACCAUCGCUUUCACCUGCCUCACCAUCAUCGGCUACGGUCUAUUAAUAUCCGACUCGUCUUCCGGUGUACACUAUUUCGGCUGCUUCCUUGUCGCUAGCGGUGUCUAUGUGGCUGUCGGCCUGCCUACCGCAUGGCUACCAACAAACCUACCACGAUUCGGCAAACGCGCGUUUGCUACUGGUCUGCAGCUCACGCUUGGAAACACUUCCGGGAUUGUCACGCCGUUCCUUUAUCCUCACAAUACCGCACCGCGCUUCAUCAUGGGCCACUCUGUGACUCUAGCCCUCGCCGGCCUUUCUGUCUUGAUAUACGCUUUCAUGUGGGCUUACUAUCUACGGGUUAACAAAGCCCGUGCCGAGGGCAAAGAGGAUUACAAGAUCGAAGGAAUGACACACGAAGAAGUCCAGGAGAUGGGUGACCGCAACCCCCAGUUCCGGUAUAAUACCUGA